UUACAUGUGUUUGGAUCCCCAGCAUGUGACUAUUUGGCUGAUGGUUGUACGUCUGGUUUGAAUGUUAACCAGAAAUCGAGUGCAGAAGAGCUCCUAGACAAGGAAAUACCUCUAAAAUUCAUGGAGGUUGAUGAGGAACAAUCUAGGCUUGUCCUCAGCAACCGGAGGGCUAUGGCUGAUAGCCAAGCGCAGCUUGGAAUUGGAUCCGUUGUUUUGGGAACAGUUCAGAGCCUAAAGCCAUAUGGUGCCUUUAUUGACAUUGGUGGAAUUAACGGGCUUCUCCAUGUCAGCCAAAUCAGUCAUGACCGUGUUUCUGACAUUGCAACAGUAUUGCAACCUGGUGACACCCUCAAGGUUAUGAUACUGAGCCAUGACCGUGAAAGAGGGCGGGUGAGUCUUUCUACAAAGAAGUUGGAGCCAACGCCUGGUGACAUGAUUCGCAAUCCAAAGCUUGUCUUUGAGAAGGCGGAUGAGAUGGCUCAGACUUUCAGGCAGAGAAUAGCUCAAGCAGAGGCAAUGGCACGUGCUGAUAUGCUGAGAUUUCAGCCUGAGAGUGGAUUGAGUCUGAGUUCGGAGGGGAUUCUAGGGCCGCUGACAUCAGACUUGCCGACGGAGGGUCUGGACUUAAGUGAGGCUCCUCCGGCAGAAGAGGCUGAGGGCGUUACUUCAGACGAAAAGGAAUCAUAAGAGAUGUCAAUCUGUAACACUUUGUACCUUUAACUUUCCUUCUGUUUUGGCUUUUCAUGGAGAGAGAAUUCUAUUCUUUUGGGGUGGAGGGAAUUUGCCAACAUGAAAGCUCUCAGGAGGGGGAGGAACUAGCGCACGCUUUUGUAUUGCAUCCACAAUCAGCAUGAAUAAGGCACACCCACUUUUGUCUUGUAAAUGGGAAAGGAGGGGUUACGCGAACUUGCAUGUGAUUGUGUACGGUUGUAGAACUGUGCAAUUUUAUUUAUGUAAAUCGAUUUCCAGCGUUUUACUGUGUC